CCCCUGGUCACCUGGCUGACAGCAUCCACAAGAAGAAGCACACGCGCCCAACCUUCACGGGGCACCAGAUCUUCGCUCUGGAGAAGACUUUUGAGCAGACCAAGUACCUGGCAGGUCCAGAGAGAGCACGGCUGGCCUAUUCCCUUGGCAUGACUGAGUCGCAGGUGAAGGUCUGGUUCCAGAACCGACGGACCAAAUGGAGGAAGAAGAGCGCCCUGGAGCCCUCCUCGUCCUCGCAGCAGGUGGGGGGCUCUGGUGGAGAGCGCGCGGCCUCUGAAACUGAGGACGACGAGUACAACAAGCCCCUGGACCCCGACUCGGAUGAUGAGAAGAUCCGGCUGCUACUGAGGAAGCACCGCGCAGCCUUCUCGGUGCUGGGCUUGGGCACACACAGUGGCUGA